UAUGGUUCUGUAAUCUAGAAAAAUAACGGAACCCCAGUGAUGGACGCCUACGCUGACCUGUGCCGGUUGUGCCGCGUCCGGAACGAGGAGCAACCCGCCGAAGAGUGGCCACAUCUGUUCCACGUCGGCAACGAGCACCUGCUGAUGAAAAUCCGAGCCUGCACCAACGUGUGCAUAAUCGAGCGUGACCCGCUGCCAAAACGCGUCUGCUUCAGGUGCCAGGCGGCCCUCGAACUGGCCCACACGUUCCGGCUGCAGUGCGACAAAGCGGACGCGCAAUGGCAGCGCCAGCGGGAGUUGGUGGAAAAGGUAGGACAAACGGCGGCGGUACCGGAAACUGUACCGCUUCUCGAGGCGGAAACGGUGCCCGUUCCGGAUGCGACAGAGGUGGUGCGGUACUUUUACCGAGGUCCAAACGACAAGCGCUUCGUGUGUCGGUUCUGUCCGAGACACUUUAGCCGGAAGUGUCGGCUGAAAGAGCACGAGGCACAACAUACGGAAACUCAACAGGAAGCUACUCCGCAAAAGGAGUCGGAAGAACAUAGCGCGGUAGCCGUGAAGCAGGAGCUGGACAUUUUGGAUGUGUUCGAAAGCGAAGAGUUGCCAACAACGGAUAUGUCGGCAAAGGAACUUCAAUCCGAACCAGUUCUUAGUUCGGUCGACAAAUCAAUGCUGGACGACAACAAUCGAUUACGAGAGAACGAAGUUAAUGAAUCAGUUCCCGUGACAGAAGCAGAGCCGCCAGCUAAAUCACCCAUAGAAAUGGGUGCUAAACCACCCACCGAGGAGGUCAGGUAUUUUUACCGAGGUCCCGGCGGUCCCAACACCUGGAACAAACGCUUCCAGUGCCGAUUCUGUCCGCGGCACUUUGGCCGCAAGUGUCGCCUGCGAGAGCACGAGGCACAGCACAAGGAAACUCAACAGGAAACACCGCCAAUGGGCGUGGGUGUUGCUGACCCGGUAGCUGUGAAGCAGGAGCCGGAAGUGUUCGUAGUUGAAGAACUGCCAACAAGUGAUAUGUCAAUGAAGGAUCUUGAAUCGGUACCAGUUCUCAAUUCUGUAGGCAAAUCAAUGCUUGAGAUGGACGACAACCAUCGAGUACGAGAGCACGAAAUUACUGAACCAGUUUCCGUGUCAGAAGGUGAGCAAGGUUCAGUGUACGAGCCGCUAACCGAAUCAACGCUUCAAAUGGCUGUCGAACCACCCACGGGAGAGGUCAGGUUCUUCUACAGAGGUCCGAGUGGACCCAACUCCUGGAACAAACGCUUCCAGUGUCAGUUUUGUCCGCGGCAUUUUGGCCGGAAGUGUCGUCUGCGGGAGCACGAGAUGCGCCAUAGCGGAGUUCAGAGGUUCCCGUGUGCCAGCUGUAGCCGUUCUUUUUACUCCGAGCGGGAUCGCAUCGUCCACCAGGAGCACAUGCACGGAAAUUCCCCGUUCGCUUGCAGCAAGUGUGGCAUCAAGUUCAAAACGCAAGAGGGACUGGACAAACACGAUCACACGAAACCGCGGAAUCACAAGUGUGAUCUCUGCUUGAAGGCAUUCACGACCAAACAAGGGUUGGAGUACCACAAGCAAAGGCACGCGAAGGCGGACUACUCGAAGCUGCGAGGCCAGGACUUGAACCGGAUCUGCAUGUGUCCGCACUGUGGUCACAUUUCGCACUCGCACAACGCGCACGUUUUGCACCUGCGGACGCAUACCGGUGGACAAGAUAGUGCGACGGAGUCCGAAUCUUCGAUUACGCCCUGGACACAAGAAGUCAACAGUUCUUGAAUUCUGAGCAAAAUAAAGCUAUAUCAUAAAACUAAGACGUAGAGCCGAAGCAAUUUUUCACAAAUUUUCAAUAUUUUAAGCACUUUUUCAUAACCCUUUGUACAAAACAAUGAAAACUGAAGUCUUUUGAACAAUUUUGACUAUUUGUUUCAUCAGUUAUUUGUUUUUGAGCAGAAAAAUAGCCAAUUGAAAAAAAAUUCU